AUGAUAUCCAUCAAUGAGCUAUCGGACAUCACCACCCACCACCUUGCACUUGUUGUAAUUGCUUGCGUUGCAGUGGUUCUUUGUGUUCGCUCAUUCAUCCGCGCACUAUUCUCUCCUCUCCGCUCUGUGCCCGGUCCUUUCCUUGCUCGCUUCACUAGGCUCUGGUACCUCUGGAAAGUUUGGCGUGGGGACUUCCAGAAAACAAACAUCGAAUUGCAUCGCAAGUACGGGCCUGUUGUCCGCAUCACUCCUUACGACUACUCCAUCGACGAUCCGUCCGCUGUCAAGCCUAUCUACGGCCACGGCACCGCCUUCACGAAGGGCCCGUGGUACGAUGCCAGUCGAAAUCUCGAUGCCGUUGCGAGGGACUUGUUUACGGAUAGAGACCCAAAGAGACACGCUGCGAAUAGACGCAAAGUAGCGUCCUUGUAUUCGAUGUCGUCGUUGCUGAGGAUGGAAGAGGCAGUGAACGACUGUGUUGGAUUGGUGGAAGAGAAAUUCCGCGAGAUUGCGCGAUCCGGAAGAGCAAUCGACCUGCAGUGGUGGCUGCAGUGCUACGCCUUUGAUGUGAUUGGCGCAAUUACGGUCGCAAAACGAUUUGGUUUCCUUGACAAGGGAGAAGACCCCUUUGGCCUUAUUCGCGGUCUGGACGGCUUCUUGAAAUACAUGGCUAAUGUUGGAAUCUAUUCGGAGAUCCACCCCAUCCUUUGCAAACUAACUCGCUCAUCCGCAAAUGGUGGACUUGCGCAUGCCUUUGCCUUUGCCAGCAAAAAUAUUCAAGAGCGGGUGGAAAGCAAUAAAAAAGGGAAGAGGCCAGAAAGUGACGACUUCCUAACGAAGGUUCUGCGCCUGCACGAGGAGCAGCCGCACAGCUUCGGAAUGGAAGAUGUUCUAAUAACAUGUAGUGCCAACGUCGUAGCGGGCAGUGAUACGACAAGCAUCAGCCUUAGUGCGAUUAUGUGGGGCUUGAUUAAGAACCCUGAGGCCAUGACAAAGCUACGCUCUGAGGUCGAUGAGAAACUUGCAAAGGGCGAGAUUUCAGAGCCCGUCACGUUUGCCGAAGCCCAGAAGUUGCCUUACCUUCAAGCAGUAAUUCAGGAAGGCCUCAGAACUCAUCCUGCAACCGGCCUUCCUUUGGGAAGAGUCGUGCCAGAAGGAGGCGUCAGGAUAGCUGAACGAUUCUUCCCUGGAGGGACUGUUUUGGGAAUUAAUUCUUGGGUGGCUCAUUACAACAAAGACGUCUUUGGAGACGAUGCCGAUCUGUUCAGGCCGGAACGCUGGCUCGCUGAUAAGGAGACAGUACACAAGAUGGGGACAUACUUUCUUCCCCUGGUUCGAAAAUUCGAUUUUCACCUUGAUGAUCCCUAUGCGGAGCUGCAAUUGCACAACGCUUGGUUUGUAAAGCAAAAGAACUUCAUGGUCAGAGUUACGGAGAGGAAGGUCUAA